GUCUUCAGGUUUAAAACACCAGAUUCUGUCGAAUUGCUGGUUGCAUUCAUAGCACAGAAUAAGCCAGGCGUGCUCACAUGUUGUGCUAACUUCUGACUUCUUACACGAAUGUGAGUGUCUUCUUUUAUGGAUGAAUGCAUGCUGAUACAGUUUUACUUGCGCCAUGGAAAUAUCGGAAUGCAAAUUAUCUUCCAGUUCUCCUUCACUCCAUGGCGAUAUCGAAAUUAUUUCCGUUGACGCCGAUAGGAGCAGUAUUAAUGAACAUGAAGCUAGAAGCCGCUGCCGAACCAAGCAGUUGCGAUACCAGUACCCAAUGAAGUUCUGGGUACCGCGCGGUUCCCACACUUCGUCAUCAUGCCUGUGGUUGUAUGGUAUGCAGUUCGGAGGGGGAUUUGUUGGGGGAGAUGAUGUCCACUGCCGUAUUACCGUCGGCAAUCGCUGCCGCUGUUUGUAUACUUCGCUAGGAUAUGGUAAGGCUUUUUCCUGUGAAGGGCAGCAGGAGAUAAAGCAAAACUGGCAAUACAUUGUGGACGAAAAUGCAUUGCUAAUCGUUAUGCCGGACCCCAUUAUGGUGUAUGCCGAUGCAGUGUUCAUGCAGAAACAGGAAGUCAUUCUCAGCGACGCGUCUUCAGAAAUUAUUCUGUUGGACUGGUACACCGCUGGCAGAGCGACAUUGCGUGAACACUGGUCAGCAAAAAGGAUUGCCAGCGAUACAGCUGUCACAAAAAAUGGGAAGCCAAUCUUUCAUGACGCAUUUCGACUGGAACAUCGAAGUCAUGGUGGACAAAUUUUGCCGGCAGCCAUGGGAAAAUACACAGUAUUCGGAACGUGUGUAAUUAUUGGAAGCCAAUUAUCCAGCAUGUUGCAAGGAAAACUAGAGCAGUUGAAAAUGGGCUAUGCAUACGGAGUUACUCCAGAUUGCACCGCGAUUGCCACUACUAGCUUACUGUACGAGGAUAUUCAAGACACAGCACAAAUUGGUCAUGUGGUGCGGUUCUGCUUUUAUUCGACCAUUCAGGCGUACGAAUUCCUUGGUGAUUUACUGGACCCGAUUUUUUCGUUAUCCGGCGGAAAUCCAUUUGAGCGGCACUAUUAACCGAGUUUUGGCUCGCAGUAUUUGGGAAGUUUAAAUUUACAUAGUUGUACUGUACGCCAGUGUACGAAAAACUGGCGUGCGAGUGCAAGUUAUGGCAGUUUUCUAUAUUAUGCCUACUUUGUAGCCAAAGAAAUGGAAACUUUUCCGGCAAUGAAUUUCUGUUUUGUUCUGUAACUGUUUGAAACCCCAGAGUGUAACAAAAGGUCUGUGCCCUUUUGAAGCGAAAAAUAUAA